CAGAUUUCCCAACUCUUAACCUCUUACCGUCGGCACCUCCGUAGGCAGUUGUUCGAUGCUGUCUGUGAUUGUUCUCGCCUGGUCUCACCCCCUACGUUUACAUUAGGUUCGGUAGCUAAUGCUAUUACAGGGACCCUAGGUGACCCCUACGCCCUUGAUCGGCGAUUCUUUCCGCGCUCCCGCGCAUGGAACCGUCUACAUCACUCGGUUUCAACUUGACAUCUCUGUCCGUCUGGGACUCUGCCGAUCGUGCUCCCGUGUAUCGCGUCUCUUUCUUCCUGCGACUCGUCGACUCUAACUGCACGCUACGAGGCCUCAGUUGUUUGUCACCUUUCCGUGUCAUAUUGUUGAACUUCAAGGCCCGUGAUGGUCAAGAAAGAGCCAAUCGAGCAUAGCCUCGACUCCAGGAUGCUUGACGACUUGGACAUGUACCCCCGCCGCUCACUACUUGGCCACCAGUACACAAUCUAUCAGACAAGCCGCCAAAUUGAGUUCGAGGCAGAGAGGGCAAUGUCUGAAUGCCUACGCAUGGCCGAUGCAAUUGGACAGUGCAUUGACGAACUCAACCACGAAGUGAGCAAGACCACCUUGAGGACUGGCGAUUGGCAGCGCUCCUUGCAGCAAGUGUACAAUAUAGCUCGUCAGAAAACCUUGAUUGCGGUGUGCGGAGCUACCGGGAGCGGGAAGUCCUCGCUCAUCAACGCGAUUCUCGACCUACCUUUGGUCCCCACUGACGGAAGCCAAGCCUGUACCUCCGUUAUCACAGAGAUUGCUUGGCAUGAGGAUACCUCGUUUCUUGCUGAAAUCGUCUUCUUGUCAGAGGAAGAGUGGCUGGACGAGCUCAAGCCCCUGCUACUAGACCUGCAGGACACGGAGGACCCGAAGGAUGCACACGAAGAUCUUCUCCCGUUGUGGCACAAGUUGCGGGCUGUAUACCCAUCUCUGGCCGGAUGCGACGACGUGAAGAAGGUCGCUGCAUCUAUAAAAGAAUAUGUAUCAUCGGAUGCAGUGACGUAUUCCGUGCUUGGGACUACGAGGACUGUCCGAGAGGACGACAAGGCUCGCUUCACGGAAGAGCUUCAACAGUUUGUCGCCGCUGCAAGACAGACCUACGACGAAGAAGCUGGAGAUCCGGUCGAUAAUGUCACUCAGAACUGCGAACUGUGGCCGCUAAUCAAAGUAAUCAAGAUACACUGUAACUCACCUGCCCUGUCGUCUGGCUCUGUACUGGUUGAUCUGCCCGGAACAGCUGAUACAAACAGCGCGCGUGCCAAUAUCGCCACCAAAUACUUAACACAAUGCAGUCACAUAUGGAUUGUUACGAGCAUUGUACGUGCUCCUAGUGACAAAAAUGCCAAAGAUCUUACGGACGACGCUUUCAGGGCGCAACUGUGUAUGGAUGGCGCGUACGAUGACAGUCGUAUCACGCUCAUCGCUUCCAAGACAGACCAGGUUUCCCCAUCGGAGGUCCUGCGUGGUCGCACCAUGGGGAGUGAGGACGCGGAACUACAGGACCUUGUCAAUUUAGAAAUUGAGUUGGGCGCCAGGAUGCGCGCUUUGGAGAUCAAGGGUUCUCGCAAACCAGGCGGCCUUGCGCCGCGCACUCAGCCCGCCAGACAUACGGCUGAUAACGCGGGGUCUAGCCAGAAACGUCGCAAAUCCAUCAGCUGCGGUGACUCCGCUUCGAAGAAGACUCGCGUUGACACCAUGACGAUACAACACAGCAGCAAUUCUCAUGUAUCUGAUGCAAGCACAUCUGGUCCUCGGUCCGGACAAGUAGACGAACAACCUGCAUCCGCCGGACCUUCGCCUGAAAUCGACGCACGGGAUUACCAGGCUGAGAUCGACUCGGAGGAGAUUCGUACCCAACUCAAGAUACUCGAGAUGGAUCAGAAUACCUUGUUUCGACGCAAACGAGUACUUUGUUCUCGUAUACGUUCGAAGGAGAGUACUCGUAUUUUGCAGCACAGCUUCAUUCAACACCUGAAAGAGCUGGAUAACGCUGUAGCCGAAGCAAAUGAUCCAGACAACUAUGAUCCUUCGGAGCCACUGAGAGAUUAUCGCCGUAUCAACCCACCCGUCUUCACCUGCAGUGCACUUGACUACAUGCGCAUCUACUCACAUAUUGUUGGAGACGGGGAACCGUACUGCUUUUCCGAGCCAGACGACACGGGGAUACCACAAAUCCAGCAAUGGUGUUACAAUCUCGGACAUGUGCGUCGCAGAAAUGCUUGUCCUGGCCUGUUGACGCGGUUGAGCAUAUUGGUUGAAUCGAUCCGCUCCUAUUCGGAGGAUGUCGACCUGAGCGAUGUCGCCAAAGCCAACAGCGAGGAUAUGAGAAAGCUAUGGCAAACGGGGUUGGCCGAAAACACUGGUAUUGCAUUCCGACUGAAAGCGGAACUUUAUGCCUUGGCAGAGGCCCAGCGUCAGAAAUUGCAAGCACGCUUUUCGGUGGUUAUGAAACCGAAGUGUCGAGCGGCCGCUCCCAAAGCCGCGCAAAGAGCGGAAGAGAUAUCGGACAGCUUUGCUGCAAACAUGUUCUGGUCGACGUACAGGGGCACACUUCGCAGAUAUGGCUCAUGGUAUCAGGACCUAAAUAUCAAUCUAGCCACCCCGUUCCUGCUCGAAAUUGCGCCAUCCUGGUCGAGGACGUUCAGACAUUCGUCCAUCGACAUUAGGAACGGCGUAGUCACCAUCGUCGAAAAAAUUCUAACCGAGGUUAAGGCGUCGGCGACCCCGCUUUUAAAGGCUCUCACGGAAGCCCAAGCAAAGCAAAGUCGAAAGGAAGUGGAGUGUUUGCUCGACGGAAUAGAAGAUACUGUUCAGGCUGUCAUUGACGCGGAACAGAAGGACGCUAGUCGGCGCCUGGCCUCACACAUUUCGGAGGUGCUCGCGCCUGGCUAUGCGGAAGCUGCACCGCAGGCUGGCAAAGGCUCAGCUGCGCGUCGUAAGGCUAUAUUUCGCAAGUGGUUGGUCAAGCUCAAGUAUUCGGCAUUCUAUGGCGGGGCGGCGGCACUUCUAGCUAGCCUGGAUGAUGUGGCUGACGCGGUCGGAGACACCCUGGAGGAAGAAUUUGACGCUCUCAGCGAGAAGGUGGAGGCCACGAUGAGCUUACUGUGGGAUCGCCCAGGCAAUGGCGCUCUCGAACUGAAGGCUUGUGCGCGAGCCACGGCCACCAUGGCAGAAAUCCGAGAACAAAUCCUGCUGUGGCAGCUCGCCGCCGAGUCGACAAACUAGAGGUGGAUCUAUGUUGUUUGCUUGGGUAGGCGGUGACGUUAUAUACUAUGCAACCGUGUGUUACCUUUCUUCGGCUACGGCGUCUCAGUAUGGAUGUUUCUAUUGAAGGUCAUAUCGGAUGGCGUAUGUUCGCAGCAUAUGAAUCGUUGAUCCAGUCGUUGCAGGAGUCGUAAUGGAUAUUGUCUAAUGGUCAUCCCAUGUUCUGAUUCGUCUUACCACGGAUUACCGCA